AUGGCACGGAAAUCUAAACGUCAACUAGAUCAAGAAACAGAAGAAAAAGACCAAGAAACGCCAUCGACUUUUACUUCAACUCGUCCCGUAGCUGACAUACCAUCGUCCUCGUCCUCUUCUUCAUCUUCCGAGUCUGAUCUCACUCGUAAACUUCCUGCUCCUGCUUCAGCUACUUCUAUCGACGAAGUGCGUGCUCCUCUUGUCCCUCCACGCGCACGUAAAGAAUCGAUUGUACUGCCACUACACUCCACAAGUCAAUUCCAUACAAAUCCAGUGGUAAACACAAUGAAUGGAACGAUUCAUGUCAAGGUGUUAAAAGCCAGUAAUUUGCCGACCAUGAACUUUGGCAAACGUCAAGAUCCUGUUGUGUUGGUACAAUUGGAUGAUUCAAAUCCUAAAUCAUGGGCAACAACGGAUCCUGCUUUUCAUGGCAAUACAAAUCCGGAAUGGGGAGAAGGUUCAAAUAAUGAAUUGGAACUCUUUUAUGAUGCCAAGUUGCUUGAGAAUAAAGCGACACUAACCAUUGAAGUCUAUGCAAAUGAAACGGGACAUGAACUCAUUGGGUCGGGACAACUUGAUGUGAGCUCAAUUGUUGCAAAUCAAAGCUCGGAUCCAAUUCAAUCGACAGUUCAUUUGAAUGGUAAUCGUGGUGAAGUGAUUGUACAAGUAUGGUUUGGUCCACCUGUCCGCAAGGCUUUUCGUGCAGCAGGACGUGCUACCAAAUUGCUGGAUGCUCGUGAUGCUUUUGUCGGAAGUUUGUGCUCGAUCAUGGCGACUAUUUGUGGUUUUGUAUCGAAUUCGAUGCCGACGGAUUUUGCCAAGAAACACCGCAAGCUCAGUAUCGCUCUGGCGGGGAUAUUGGGCAUCAUGGGCGCUGGAGCGCUCACUGUGUUUCUGGCUUUUGCUGUGCCGACAAUGCUGGUGGCUUUCUUCACGUUUCCAUUCUGGAUCAUUCCGUUUUUGGUUACGUCGUUCUUCACGGCUCCCGUAUGGGUACCUAUUCUCCUGCUUGUCGGACUCUUUCUGUUGUUUAUCGCGUCGUUUGUCUUUGGACUUGGCGCUACGUCACGCCCUGUGCGUCGCAAAGGUGCUUUAAUCUCGAACAAGAUUAAACACUCGGGGGUCGGCAAGCGCGUGGUCUAUGAGAAGACGAUCUAA